AGUCAGACGUGAAUAAAGUGUUACCCAUGUUUUCCGUAUCGCGAAAAGUAUCCGACAGGUUGUUUUUGAAAUUCCGCUUUACUUUAAAGCAAAAGCUUCACUCCAGUGUUCCCGAUGUUGUUAUUCCAAAUAUGCACUUGGAGGAGUGCAUUUGGAAAAAUCUGGAGAAGUGGCACAAUAAAACUGCUCUGGUAUGUGCCCAAACAAAUUGCAGUUACACGUAUUUGCAAUUGUACAAAAAGAGCAACGCACUCACAAGUUUCUUGUGCAACCUGGAUAAACUAAAACAGUCUGAUAGAGUUGCCGUAGCACUUCCCAAUCUUCCGGAAUAUGCGAUUAUUCUACUAGGGGUCAUCCAAGCAGGCUGCACUGUAACAACUCUGAAUCCUUUAUAUACAUCGGACGAAAUGAGUCACCAACUAAUAGUCGCAGAAGCCAAAGUAAUAUUUACAACACCUGAAACAUAUAAAACUGUACAAAUUGCAUUGCAAUUAAGCAAACUUCACAUACCAAUCAUUGUUGUUAGAGCAAAGAACGAUUCUACCUUACCACAUGGAGCAAUCGACUUCGACGAAAUUGCUCGAAAUCAUUGCGACGCGAAGUUUGACUUGCGCAGAAGUCAUGAUGACACUGUAUUAAUGUUGUUUUCAAGUGGAACAACAGGUUUGCCCAAGGGAGUUGAGAUUACAAACAGAGGUUUGGUAUCCAGCCUUCACCAAAUUUACGCGCAGUUUAUAAAAGCUACUGUGUGUGACGACUCGUUCUCAUUUGUGUUCAGUUCAGUGUCCAACGUGUUAUUGUGUCAGCGUCCAAGUUUAUUGCAAAAGUUACAAAUCAUGUCUUCAUACAGUAAACCUUAUUCUCGUCCAUCAACAAACCCCAGAGAUCCUCGUACUGCUGAAAAGUUGUCGACGACACUCAAUUACUACAAGCCUAUUGCAUCAUUGCCAGAAUUCUGCUACACAGAGGAUGAUCACCGAGCAUUCGACAGGGAUGUUAUGAAGGAAUACAACAUCUCAUCUUACAAUAAUCCAGUGCCCAGACACGAAGAUUUCUGUUUAUCAACACAAGACCGUAAGCGCAUACAUAACAAGUUUAUGGAUAAAGAACGACAGCAAUUACUCAGUGAGUCGACAUUUAAUCUAAAUAAUAGUGGAUCCAAAAUCCUGAAAGUGGGUCUAGACGUAUUUGAAGAUUGCCCCUGUGUCAAGAUACAAGGCAAGGAUCGGAGCAUAUAUUUUUCAAAGAGUGCAUUCGAGAGUUUUUUAAGCGAAUUAGAAGACAUCGCCGGAGCAGUAAAGUGCGAGGAAGAAGAAGAAACUUUCGAUCUAGAAGAUUUUCAUGUACGGUGCUGCAGAAAAUAUAAAGCUGCGCGUAUCAUUUCGAAGAAAGAAAUCCACUGUGAACUGUACUUGGGACUCGUCACCCUGGAAAAAGUGAUCGCUAUGGCAGACUACUUACGUCAGAAGCUUAAUUAUUUGGGUAAUUAUUUGGAAGGUAAUGAUUGUCCUUUCAAAAACUUUGUAGAAAAAGUUGUGGACAUUCUGGAUAGACGUCAGCAAAAAGAUGUGAGUUAUAACGAUUUGUUAGUAAAUUUAACUGAUGAACCUUUAGUUAUACAUGAGUUAGUCCAUAAGUAUCCGUAUUUUGUGAUUGAUAAGAUAGAGGAUUAUAUGCAAACUUAUGAUGAUAGGUUCUUGUACAAAUAAAUGUAAAUAAAUAUAAAUGUAAGUUCUACAUUCUUUUAAUCAGUUUGGUGUUAUACUUCGAGACAUUACAAUGGAAAAUAAAUUUCUUCAUCCAUUUUCCGCUCUUGUAAGUGGCCCAAGCGGGUCGGGAAAGAGUUAUUUUAUUGUAAACUUUCUAAAAAAUAUAACAAACAUCUGCUCUGUAGUGUUUGAAAAAAUAGUUUGGCAUUACGGGGAAUGGCAGUCAUUGUACGAAGAUCUAAAAGGUGUUGAAUUCCAUCAAGGCUUACCCGAUAUGUCCAGUUUCGACGGCUUAAAACCUGUACUGAUAAUUAUUGAUGAUUUAAUGCGUGAAUCAAAUGGAGCUAUUGUUGACAUUUUUACAAAAGGAUGUCAUCAUCGUAACCUCAGUGUUUUCUUUCUAACCCAAAACAUAUUUCAUCAAGGAAAAGGACAGAGAGAUAUAUCUUUAAAUGCACACUACAUUAUUUUAUUCAAAAAUCCCCGCGAUCGGGCACAAAUAAAACAUUUAACGCGACAAAUUUGUCCUGAAAAUUCCAAAUUUUUAGAAGAAGCGUAUAAUGAUGCAACGUCUAAACCCCACGGAUAUCUGUUAUUCGAUUUAAAACAAAGUACACCGGAUGUUUUCCGCUAUAGAACAUCGAUAUUUGAAGAAGAUGGCGCUUGUGUGGUAUAUAUACCGAAAAAGGGUAUUAAAGGUUUGAAUCUUGAGCAAUUGGUACAUUCAUAAUGGUUU